GCAGUCGCCUGCUGACCGCGACCGCGUUUAUGUCGCGUCAGAAAAAAGCUAUGGACUAAGCAAAAAGAAAGAGAACUAAAUUAACGUAUAAAUUAAUCCCUCAUCCCCAACCCUUCCCCAUAUCCGUAAAUUCGGGUUCUCGCGGAUCACACACGUGGAGAAACAAAGACAUGGCGAGAUAAAGGAGCCUCCGGUAAACCGCGCAAUAAGUUGUGGUCACGUUAUAAAUAAUAAGCGAUCCGAUUCUGUCUAUACGUAGUUGUUGAUAUCAUAAGGUGAGAAAAUGGGUCCUCGAGCGAUUGGAUCGGUUCGCUCGGCGCAGUAAAUAUUUGUCCCCACUCCUUCAAGUUUUUCAACCUCCAAGAGACAAUUCCCCCUCCCCGCCCUCUUCCACCUUCCUUUCAUCCCUCCCACCCUUCCUCUUGCCCGUCGUCUCAAACAACCGCUCAAAAAGUCAUUUUCUUCGUACCUGCGCCUGUUUUGCAGUGAGUGCGCGAUUGCAAGCUUCGUCGAAACGGGCGAAACUACCGACGAGAAUCGCGAGACAAGGAGGGUGUUUGUUUUGCGUUUGUUGUUAACCCGGCAAGGUGGUUUAUUGGUAUAAGAGUGGUGAUCAACGAAGUGUGUGUGGAAUAGGCACGGGGGUGCGCGAUGGCGGUGGCUUCGUCGGCCCUGCCGGUCCCCAGCGCUGCUUCCGGUCCCAACAAACUGCGAUAUCGUCGUUCCUCAACGUUGCUCAACGAUCUUCGUACACGAAGCUACCGUUCGAGAACGAGGAUUAACACCGUAAAUAUGUUUGGCCUUCUUGUCACGAUUGCACUCGUCGUUGUCACGAGGAUCGACCCCACGGCCGCUAACAGCACUCUCGGUCAUUCCUCCGGCGGGACGGCGUGUCCAAAUGGAGCCUUCAGGUGUCCCGAAUCAAAGUGUAUUCCUGCAUUAAAAGUAUGUAACUAUCAGAAAGACUGUGAAAAUGGCGAGGACGAAAUGCAUUUGUGCAAACCGCCGGAAUGUGAAAACGGUCAAUUUUCCUGUGAACAAUACAUCUUUAAUACAUCAUACUGUAUGCCGGCGUAUCAGAGGUGCGAUAUGACGGUCGAUUGCGUCGAUGGCACGGACGAAGCCGGUUGCACUUACAGAAAGUGUCAACCGGAAGACUUUCGGUGCAGUAUAACAAAAGUACAAGGUGACGCGAAUACGAACCUCGAGCAUUGUAUACCAAAGCAAAAGAGAUGCGACGGUUAUCUCGACUGUAGAAAUGGAAAAGACGAAGAGGGUUGCGGUACCGGUGUGAGGGCAGCCUGCAGACUCGACCAAUUCAGAUGUCACUCGACUCAGCGGUGUAUCGAACAAUCGGCGCGAUGUAAUCAUCGGGAUGAUUGCGGGGACAACAGCGACGAGGAAUAUUGCAGCUUUCCGCUGUGUUCGAGCAAUCAAUUUAGAUGCACAAAUGCACUUUGCAUACCCGAGGCGUUCCGUUGUGACGGUUAUGACGAUUGUCGAGACGGAUCGGACGAAACUUCGUGUCACACCAGCCCAUGUACUACGGAUAAAUUUACCUGUCCGAAGGAUGGUCCCGAUGGAAAAACAACGUGUAUACCUAGAUCACAGGUCUGCGAUGGGAAACCGGAUUGUCCCGGAGGUGCCGACGAGGACAACGAGUGUUCUACGAACAAGUGCGAUAGUCUCGCUUGCCAGUACAAAUGUCAGGCUUCGUUGACCGGUGGAAUGUGUUAUUGUCCGGAGGGACGAAUUUUGGCCAACUAUUCGAGCGAGUGUAUAGACAGAGACGAGUGUUCCGAAUGGGGUUUCUGCGAGCAGCUCUGUGAAAACACGGAUGGUUCGUACAAAUGUUCGUGCGCGGAGGGUUACGCGUUGCACGGGCGUAACAAGUGUCGAGCGUUCAACGCCCCGGCAAUGGAAAUCUUGUUGGCUCAAGGUAGUGCCAUCUGGCGGAUCGAUGCGACGGGUGAGAAUCGUCAGAUAAUAGCAAACACAACGGGAGCGAGCGGAUUGGAUUAUUUGUACUCGAGCGGAGUACUUUAUUGGAGCGACGUAAAGACUCGAAAGAUACAUUCGCAGUCAUUGUCGAAACACGCUGCCGGGGAUGGAGUGGGAGGAGGAGGAGGAGGAGGAGGAGGAGGAGGAGGAGGAGAAUCACCGGACGUCGAUAUAUCGUUGCCGGGUGCUUGGUCACCGGUCUCGAUAGCGGUAGAUUUCGUCGGUCUGAAACUUUACGUAGUCGACUCGAUGGUACAAAAGAUCGAUGUUUUCGAAUUGGACGGACGCUUUCAUGGUAUAGCCCUCGAUUCGAAUUUGACGAAUCCAACGGAUAUUGCCCUCGAUCCAACGGUUGGUCUCAUGUUCAUAGCCGAUAGUAAACAAAUAUUGCGAGCAAAUAUGGAUGGAACAUGGACGAUACCGGUAAUAUCGGAGGCUGCUUACAACGUCGUUGGUAUAACGGUCGACAUAGCGGCGAAAAGAAUAUAUUGGUGCAAUUCUCUGCUGGAAUACAUAGAGACCGCUGAUUACAACGGUGCCAAGAGACAAAUGGUACUUCGAAGCUUGCAACUUCCAGCACCGGUGAGACUGGCCGUCUUCGAGAACCGGGUUUAUUGGUCGGACAUAACGAAACAGGCGCUUCUGAGUAUGGACAAGACCGAGGGUGAAUACUCGAUAAAAACGUUGUUCAAGAUACGCGACACCAAAGCGGUAAAGAUUCUUCAUCCGCUGAUCCAAAUGACGACUGCCGUGACCGGUAACGUGAAGAAUCCUUGCGGAAAUAACAACGGCGGAUGUCAACACAUGUGCAUAGUAACGGCGGCGGGUGGACGGGAAAGCGGCCUCGGUUAUCGUUGCGCUUGCAACAUCGGUUGGAGAUUGUCCACGGAUUUGCGUAAUUGCAAUCUCGUACAAGAAUUUCUCAUGUACUCGCAGCAACGUUUUAUCAAAGGGAGAGUACUCGAUCCCGUAAUGGAGGGUUUCAGCGACGCGAUACUUCCGGUCGUAUCGAGGAGAGCUAGACUGGUCGGCCUUGAUUACGACGCCCAUGAUCAAUUUAUAUAUUACAGCGAUGUACUUCAGGACGUUAUUUAUCGGGUUCAGCAGAAUGGUACGGGCAGGGAAAUAGUACUUGCCAGCCAGAACGAGGGAGUUGAGGGUUUGGCGGUCGAUUGGGCAGCGAAAAAUCUUUACUACAUCGAUUCGCGUAAAGGUACCCUCAACGUUUUGAGCACGAGAAACGUAACGUAUCGGAGAACGUUGCUAAAAAAUCUCAAGAGGCCGAGGGCCAUAGUUAUUCAUCCGAAUCACGGUUAUAUUUUUUUCUCCGAAUGGGAUCGCCCGGCGAAUAUAAGCAGGGCACACGCGGAUGGCUCGAAUCUCGUCGUAUUUAAAAAUUUGACUCUCGGCUGGCCGAAUGGAUUGGCGAUUGAUUUCUCCAAGGAUCGUUUAUACUGGUGCGACGCUUUAUUGGAUCACGUGCAACACUCGAAUCUCGAUGGUGGCGAUGUCAAAACGGUUAAUUCUCGUUUAAUAAAGCAUCCGUUUUCAAUAGCGAUAUACGAAGAAUGGAUGUACAUUACGGAUUGGAGGCUCGACGCUAUAAUACGUAUGAGCAAGGAGACCGGCGAGCAGGAGAGUAUUCUCGUACGAGAACCAGCUACCAAUCGGUUGUACGGUGUUAAAAUUUUCAGCCGGGAUAUACAGGUUGUUACGACGAAACAUCCGUGCUCGAUAAACAACGGUGGAUGCGAAAAGCUCUGUUUCGCAAUUCCCCAAAAUAUAAAUAAUACGAGCAAUCGCGGUGGCGGAGUAAGAACGUUGAGCCGGGUAUGCGGUUGUCCGUACGGCGAGAGACUUACCACCGACGACGGUGGUGUUGCUUGUACAUCCGAUCCGCUCUCGGAACCACCGGUUCAAGCUUGUCUAAACGCGUGGGAUUUCACUUGUGCGAAUCAACGCUGCGUCCCGCACUCGUGGGUCUGCGACGGCGACGACGAUUGUCUCGACAACAGCGACGAGAUGCAAAAUUGCACGAAACCGACUUGCGGUACCAACGAGUUUCAGUGUAAAUCCGGUAGAUGCGUGCCGGCCAAUUUCCGUUGCGAUUCCGAAAACGAUUGCGGUGAUUACAGCGACGAAGCCGGUUGUCCUAAUGUAACUUGCAGCGCAAGUCAAUUCACGUGCGACAAUGCGCGAUGUAUUCCAUCGUCGUGGAAAUGCGAUUCGGAGAACGAUUGCGGCGACGGCUCGGACGAGGGUGCCUUUUGCGCUGCAAAAACUUGCGCCUAUUUUCAAUUUACUUGCCCGAAAUCAGGCAAUUGUAUACCCCAAUCUUGGGUAUGCGACGGUGACAACGAUUGUUUCGAUCUUCAGGACGAGAAGGAUUGUCCACCGGUAACCUGUUUGAGCACCCAAUUCACUUGUCACGAUCGUAAAACUUGUAUAACCGAUUCUUACAAGUGCGACGGUUUGUCCGAUUGUAACGACGGUAGCGACGAGAUCGGUUGCCCGAAAUUGGCACCCGACGAGUGUAAUCCUGAAUUACAGUUUCAGUGCGCGAGCUCCGGCGUUUGCAUACCAAAGAAUUGGUAUUGCGAUCGGGUAUUCGAUUGUCACGAUAAAUCGGACGAGCCCGAGUUUUGUUCGUCGUCGUCGUCGUCGUCGUCGUCGAGCGGCAACGGGGCCGGUGGCGGCGGCAAUACGUGCGAGCCCGGUUACUUUCAGUGUAAAGCACCAAUUGACGACAAACCUUGCGUAUUUAAAACUUAUAUUUGCGACGGUAAAGACGACUGCGGCGACGGUUCCGACGAGGAUCCGAUUUUACACGCGUGCGGACCACCACCGUUCAAGUGUCCGUCGUCCCAUCAAUGGAAAUGUCCGGGUGUGAGCGAUCGAUGCGUAAACGGGACGAGCGUUUGCGACGGUAAUAUAGAUUGUCCGAACGGGUCUGACGAGGGUCCCGGUUGUGAUCUUGCCGAGUGCAUGCAUCGCGGCGGUUUGUGCAGCAACGAUUGUAUAAAAACACCCCUGGGAGCUCAAUGCAUAUGUCCCGAGGGUGAAGAGCUCACCGAGGAUGGAUUCACGUGUCAGGAUUUGAACGAGUGCGAUCCACCCGGACGAUGCUCGCAAACGUGUACCAACGAAAAAGGUAGCUUCGCGUGUAGCUGCGUCGAGGGUUACAGCCUCGGGCUCGACAACAGAACGUGCAAGGCUUACAACCACAGCGCGGCAUUUCUCAUAAUAUCGAACAGACACACAAUACUGGUUGCCGAUCUUGAGGAGCAAGCGCUUGAGAGGGUACCGAUAAACGUUGAGAACGUAGUGGCGACCGCUAGUAACAUGCACACCGGUACGAUAUUUUGGUCGGACAUGAAGCUGAAAAAGAUAUCGCGGUUGGAGAGAGGGGGUGAGCCUCGGGACGUCGUAUCGAGCGGUCUCGAUCUCGUCGAGGGUCUCGCUUACGAUUGGAUAAACAAGAAGCUAUAUUGGCUCGAUUCGAAAUUGAAUACAAUCGAGGUAGCGGAUGAGACGGGACACAAUAGAAUGGUACUGGUGAAGGAGAACAUAACGCAGCCGAGGGGUAUGUGCCUCGAUCCGGGUCCCGGUGCCCGAUGGUUAUUCUGGACCGACUGGGGAGAGAAUCCCCGUAUCGAGAGGAUCGGUAUGGACGGUACGAAUCGUUCGACGAUCAUAAGCACAAAGAUCUAUUGGCCGAAUGGGCUGGCUCUCGAUAUUGCCAACAGGAGGGUAUACUUUGCCGACAGUAAGCUCGACUUUAUCGAUACGUGCUUGUACGACGGUACCGGGAGGGUUCAAGUUUUAGCGAGCUCGCAUUAUCUCCUUCAUCCGCAUUCUCUGACCCUCUUCGAGGAUAUUAUGUAUUGGACGGACAGACAAUUGAACCGCGUUGUAUCGGCACACAAAUUUCGUGGGACCAAUCAAACGGUAGUGUCGCAUCUUAUAUCGCAACCGUUGUCGAUACACGUGCAUCAUCCGGUGUUACAGCGUAUAACACCGAAUCCGUGCGGUAACGCCUCGUGCGAGCACGUUUGUCUACUCUCACCGAGCGAUCCGAGGGGUUAUUCGUGCAAAUGCUACGCCGGAUGGAAGUUAUCGACUACGAGCGGUCAUUGCACCGAGGAGGAAACGCCCUUCCUCAUGGUACUUCGAGGAUCCCAGAUAGUCGAUGUUUCGUUGAGACCCAGCGACAACAGGGCCGGCUACAUAUGGCCGGUGGUCGGCGUUGACGGGGGUACGGUUAUCGAUUACGACAGGCGUGAUCGUACGAUAUAUUGGUUACAGCAGAAGGACGGUGACGACGAGAACGGUACGAUAUAUACGAUUCUUUAUGAGGGCGGUAAUCGAACCGAAUUCCCGAAUCCGUCCGGUGACACCGGAAUCGUUGGAUCACCCUCGACAAUGGCGUUCGAUUGGCUCGGUAGAAAUCUGUUCAUCGGUAACAAAUUUGCCUCCAACAUCGAGGCGAUAAAGGUCGACCAAGUUGGUGAAAGGAGGGCGCGCUACCGUACGAUCGUUAUCGCGAACGACGGUAACAAAACUUCCGUAGCCAAGCCAAAAUCAAUGUGCCUCGAUCCCAUCGAGGGACAUAUAUUCUGGAUCGACGAGGGCGGCUUCGGCGUACCGGUUAAAAUAGCCCGCGUCAACAUGGACGGUAGCGAGUCUCUUAUACUCGCCGAAAACGUUAAUUUACCCGAGGCUAUUGCGAUAGACAUACCAAACAAAAUGAUAUACUUCAGCUGUCAAUAUCCGAGUUUCAUAAAAAGCAUGACGACCGACGGUCAAAACGUGAGAACGAUAUUGUCCGAGGUUAACGGUAUAUCGUUGCCAAGAGCCCUGGCAGUUCACGACUCCAAGCUAUAUUAUCUUGAUCCAAGAUACGACAAGAUCGAGAGGGUCGAUUUGCCGGACGGUAAGAAUCCUAUGAGCAUCGUUGACAAUGAUUCGAGCCUAAAAACAAUGGUAAUAUACAAGAAACGGGUGAGCGGAUUACAUCCGUGUCUGUUGAUGAACGGCGGUUGCGAACAAAUAUGUUUACCAUCGUCGGGAGGUAGGCGGGUUUGCGCCUGCGGUAUGGAAUACAAAAAGAUCGGCGACACAAAGUGCGAGGCAUUCAAGACGUUCGCCGUAGUCUCGCAACUGGACGUUGCUCGUGGCUACAGUCUGGAUGAUGCGAAAGAGGCGAUGAUACCGAUAUCAGGUAUCGGUCAUCACAUACUUCACGUCGACGUUGAUUACGCGAAUAAUUGGAUAUACUGGGUGGAAUUCAAUCGGGACGUUUGGAACGGCAUUUACAGAAUACGUCCGAACGGUAGCGAGCUCAGCGCUGUCGUUAAAAGCGGUAUAGGAUCGAACGGUAUACGGGGUUUGACGAUCGAUUGGAUCGCCGGUAAUCUUUACUUCUCGAAUGUAUUCCCGCACGACAAUUACGUCGAGGUUUGCCGCAUCGACGGUAGUAAUCGUAAAGUUUUAGUUAAAACUACGGCUGACACGCCGCGCGAACUCGCGGUAAAUCCGAUAAAGAGAAUUUUAUAUUGGAUCGAUUACGGUCAGUAUCCUAGAAUCGGGCGUGCCAAUCUCGACGGGAGCAAUUGGACUCCGAUGGUUACCGCCGGUAUCAGUACACCUCGUGAUAUUACUAUUGAUCCAGGGACUCACGACGUUUAUUGGGUCGAUUCGAAGCUCGAUAUGAUACAAAAGGUAUCCUGGUUGGGCGGUAACCGGCAGAUUAUUAGGAGAAAUCUUCCGAAUCCGAUGGGUAUCGCGGUUUUUGGCUCGGAAGUUUAUUGGGUCGAUAGGAAUCUCAUGACGAUAUUCAAGAGUAGCAAAUCACCCGGUGACACGAGCCUCCCGACCCGGCUCCGUACCAAUUUACCGAAGCUCCGUGACAUCGCAAUCUUCGAUAAGAACAAUCAACCGAUCGAUCCGGAAAAUCCGUGCGUUAAAAUACCGAACGGCGGAUGCGAGCAGCUAUGUUUCGCUUAUACAGGAGAGACGGAUGCGAGAUGCGAAUGCGCGACCGGUAAAUUAUCGGCCGAUCGGCGCAAAUGCGACAACGUUGACGAGUAUUUGGUGUUUGCGACGAGAACCGAGAUACGAGCUAUUAAUUUGGAUCCGCGCUCGACGAAUUUACCGUUCAAGCCGGUCGGCAAUUUGACCAACGUCGUCGGCGUUGACUUUGAUUACGAGGAUAAAAAAUUGUUCUUCACACAGAUAAGACCGUGGACCAAAAUAGGCUGGAUGCGCGCCGAUAAUCCGUCAACCGGGGGGGACAUGCAUACGUUGAUAAGUAAGGGUAUCAAUCCGGAGGGUAUCUCGUACGAUUGGACCCAGAAAAAGGUAUACUGGACGGAUUCGUCGAACAACAGUAUUUACGCGAUGAACAUCGACGGUUCGGAUUUGGUGAUGAUCGCCCGCGUUGACCGACCGCGCGCCAUCGUCGUCGAUCCCUGUUACGGUUAUCUCUAUUACACCGAUUGGGGUCGCUUCGGGACUUCCGGCAAAAUAUUCCGCACGACGAUGGCCGGAUCGUUGAAGAAAGCGAUAAUUGAGAAAAAUUUGUCACAACCGAGCGGAUUGGCGAUCGAUUACGAUGACCGAAUGCUUUAUUGGACCGACGCCGUACGGGAGAAGAUCGAGCGGUCCGAUCUUGACGGAAAUAAUCGUGAGAUUCUCGUAAGCGCGACCAUUUAUCCGUUCGCUAUAACGGUAUACCGGGAGCACAUUUAUUGGACUGAUCUUCAACUUAGGGGUGUUUACCGGGCUGAAAAAUUCACCGGAGCGGAUAAAGUUGAAUUGGUCAAGAGGCUUGAGGAUUCGCCUCGUGAUCUUCACGUAUUCUCGGCCGAUCGACAAAUUUGCAAAGCGAAUCCUUGCAACAUCAGCAACGGUGGGUGCGAUCAGUCCUGUCAUCCGGGCCCGAACAAUACCGCCGAAUGCAAGUGCGAUGACUAUAGUCGCUUGGUAAACGAGGAUCGUAUGUGCGUACCGAAAAACGUAACGUGCGCAUCAAACAGAUUUGCGUGUCGCAACGGACGCUGUAUAUCACGAAUGUGGGCUUGCGACGGUGACGACGAUUGCGGUGAUGGAUCCGACGAGGAUACCAACUAUUGCGCUUAUCAUUCUUGCAGUACCAACGAAUUCCGUUGCAACAACGGUCGUUGCAUCUUCAAAACAUGGAAGUGCGAUCAUGAGAACGAUUGCAAGGACGGCAGCGACGAGGAAGGCUGCAUUUAUCCACCUUGCGCGGACGGUGAAUUCACCUGUGCCAAUUAUCGAUGCAUACCCCAAAUACAGGUAUGCAACGGCGUUAACGAUUGCAAAGAUAAUAUCACUUCGGACGAGAGUCACGAGCGUUGUCCCAAAAAUCAUACUUGCCCGCCGAAUCAUUUGCAAUGCGAUUCGACGAAUAUUUGCGUCGAACCGUAUUGGUUGUGCGACGGUGACAACGAUUGCGGUGACAACAGCGACGAGAAUCCUUUACAUUGCGCCCAAAGAACCUGUCCUCAGAACAGUUUCCGUUGUCCGAAUCAUCGAUGCAUACCGGCAACUUGGUAUUGCGACGGUGACGACGAUUGUCUCGACGGAAGCGACGAACCACCCGGUUAUUGCCAAUCCGAAGGACGUACAUGUUUUGGUGAUUUGUUUACGUGUGACAAUGGCAAUUGUAUCCCGAGAAUUUAUAUUUGCGACGGUGAUAACGAUUGUUUGGAUAAUUCCGACGAGGACGAGCGUCAUCAGUGUAACGACCGGAAGUGCGACGAAGAGACCGAAUUCACUUGCACGGCAAACAAAGUUUGGAGUCGCGCUCAAUGUAUACCAAAAAAAUGGCUCUGCGACGGAGAUCCCGAUUGCGUAGACGGGGCCGAUGAAAACGUUACGCUCCAUCAUUGUCCACCUCCUAUACCAUGCGCUGACAAUCAAUUUACGUGCAACAAUGGACGUUGUCUGAAUCGCAAGUGGCUAUGCGAUCACGACAACGAUUGCGGUGACGGCAGCGACGAAGGAAAGUUUUGUAACAACCAGUACAAAGUAUGCACGAGUCAGGAAUUCACUUGUCAGAAUUUCAAGUGUAUCCGGAAACAAUUCCACUGCGACGGACAGGAUGAUUGCGGCGAUCGUUCCGACGAGGUCGGAUGUCCUGCGAAAGGUAAAACAACGAACACGUGCCCGAAUCCGAAUGAAUUUCAAUGCGCGAACGGUGCGUGCAUCGAUCAACAAUUGGUGUGCAACAAGAUUCCGGAUUGCGCGGACGAGAGCGACGAACCGGCUCAUUGCAACGUCGACGAGUGUCUACGGACGGAGCUCAAUCAAUGCGGUCACAGAUGCGUCGACACACCUACGAGUUAUUAUUGCGCAUGCAACCCAGGCUAUAAAUUACUCGAUGACGGCAAAGCUUGUAUGGAUAUCGACGAGUGUAUAGAGAGCCCGCAAGUUUGUAGUCAACACUGCGAAAAUACGCCUGGUAGCUAUUAUUGCAAAUGCAACGAGGAUUGGUACGAACGAGCUGCCGAUGAGCAUACAUGCAAACGACGAGAUAACAUCGAACCGUGGAUCAUAUUUACCAACAAAUAUUACGUCAGAAACAUGUCGAUCGAUGCAUCGAGAUACAACGUCAUGCACCAAGAUCUCAUAAACGUUGUUGCUCUAGAUGCCCACUAUGCCAGUCAAAUGUUGUAUUUCUGUGACGUAACAGCCAAAAUGAUUUACAGAGCUCCGUUGGCCGGUGGUGAUAAGGAGAUCGUUAUCCGCCACGAUAGCCUCGGCUUGGAAGGCAUCGCGAUCGAUUGGGUUGCCCAUAAGCUUUAUUGGCUCGAUAGGCAUGCUAAACAUUUGGACGUCUCUGAACUCGAUGGAUCAAACAGGAAAACGCUUCAAAGCGGUAUUGCCGAUCCACGCGCUGUCGUUGUUCACCCAGGCACCGGAUACUUGUACUUUACUUCGUGGCAUCUCCAGGCUUAUAUUGGAAAAAUGGGUAUGGAUGGAAGCAAUUUAACGCAAAUACUCACAUGGGAAGAUGACAUAGCAUGGCCGAACGCUCUGACGAUCGAUUAUUUCACCGAUAAAAUAUUUUGGGCGGAUGCUCAUCUCGAUUAUAUCGCGUUUGCCGAUCUCGAGGGACAUCACCGUAGGAUCGUACUUUCGGGUGCAUCGGUACCUCACGUCUUUGCGAUAACCGUCUUCGACGAUUCGAUUUAUUGGACCGAUUGGAAUCUCAAAGCGAUCAGUAAAGCUGACAAAUUUUCGGGUGAAAAUUUGCGAAUUUUACGUAAUACGACGCAUCGCCCGUACGACAUCCAUGCCUAUCAUCCGCUCAGGCAACGCCCUUAUCCGAAUCCUUGCGCCCAGAAUAACGGUGGUUGUUCGCAUCUCUGUCUAAUCGCGCCACCAGCGAGUUCUUAUCUCCUUGAGGGCUACGGACAACCCGGCGUAACAUCUUAUAAAUGCGUUUGUCCUAAUCAAUUCGUAUUGGAUAAUGAUGGCAAAACAUGCAUAGCCAAUUGCACCGAGGGCCAGCAUCGUUGCGGACCACCCGACGAGAUGUGUAUCCCUUGGUUCUGGAAAUGCGACGGUGAAAAGGAUUGCAAAGACGGAACGGACGAAUCGUCCGAGUGUCCAGCGCGCGUAUGUCGCCCUGGUGCCUUUCAAUGCGCUAACGGUAAUUGUACACCAAGCUCGACGGUUUGCGACGGUGGUGACGAUUGUGGCGACAACAGCGAUGAAAAAAAUUGUUCUUACGAGUGUGCCGAGCUUGAGUUCAAGUGCAAAUCGAACGGUCGCUGUAUUCACGCAUCGUGGAAAUGCGAUGGUGAUGCCGAUUGCAAAGAUGGAAGCGACGAAGAUCCUGCCAUUUGUCAUAAUCGUACUUGCGAUGAAAAUACAGAGUUUAGUUGUACCAACGGUAAAUGUAUACCAAAAGUAUGGAUGUGCGAUUUCGAUAACGAUUGCGGUGACGACAGUGACGAGCCCGCGUUCAUAUGUCGUCAGCGAAACUGUACGACCGGUUGGCAGCGUUGUCCGGGUCACGCGAAUUAUCGUUGUAUACCAAAAUGGCUAUUUUGCGAUGGUAAAGACGAUUGUCGGGAUCGAUCGGACGAGUUACCAGAGAGUUGUCCGAAAUGCGAUCCUCAGGCUGAAUUCAAAUGUGGCAAUAACCGAUGCGUACCGAACCAAUGGUUGUGCGAUUUCGCGGACGAUUGCGGCGACGGAAGUGACGAAGCCGAGACCGUGUGCAAAGGAAAAUAUCGUGAUUGUUCAAGGUCCGAAUAUCGUUGCGGAAAUGGCAAAUGUAUUGCGUCCAGAUGGAGAUGCGACAACGAGGACGAUUGCGGUGAUAAUAGCGACGAAAUCGGUUGUCAUACUUUCGUCUGCAAAAACGACAGUUUCCAGUGUGCCACCGGUCAUUGCAUCGCGUCUUAUCUGCGAUGCGAUGGUUCUCGCGAUUGCAGAGAUGCCAGCGACGAGAUCGGAUGCCCACCGAGAUACCCCGGAGGACGCUAUUGUCCCGAGUCGCGUUUCCAAUGUAACAAUACUCUUUGCGUAUCUCUCUCGGAUCGUUGCGACGGUAGCGACGAUUGCAGCGAUGCCUCCGAUGAAAAUCCUGUCAUGUGCGCCAAUUUCACAUGCGAUCCGAUAAGAAGAUUCCAAUGUUUGAAUCAUCGUUGCAUACCGAGAUAUCAGCUUUGCGAUGGAAUUGACAAUUGCGGAGACGGAUCGGACGAAAAUAAUUUGACGAUGUGCGCAAAGAGAAUACGUCCUUGCGAUCCGAUAAAGGAGUAUCAGUGUGCCAAUAAAAAAUGCAUCGAGAGAAGCAAGGUUUGCGAUUAUUCGGACGACUGCGGGGACGAAUCGGACGAACUUGGUUGCCAUCCGCACAAACAUUGCACCGAUCAUCAGAGGGGCGGAUGUUCCCACUACUGUCAAAACGUGACGGACGGUGGUUACAUAUGCGCUUGUUAUCCGGGUUACAUAAUAUCGCGCGACGAUAAUAAACACUGCGAGGAUAUCGACGAGUGUGUAACGGGAGGUCAUCACUGUACGCAACUCUGUACGAACGUGAAGGGUGGUUAUUCGUGCUCUUGUCGCGAUGGAUUCCAACUUGUCGACAAUCACAGUGGCGUUUGUCGAGUUUUCGACGAUAAAGCUCUCGUUGUAUUUUCCAACGGUCCCGAAAUACGAGGUUACCUGCCGAAUUACGCGGAACAAGUCAGUAUCGUGACUGACGAAAAGAGAGUACGAGCUGUCGAUUUUGAUCCUAAAAUGGAAUACAUAUUUUGGAUCGAUUCCCACGACAAUACGAUCAAACGGUCGUACAUGCUGAACGCUCGCGAAGGAGAGGUCAAAAUCGGAUUUUCUCAAGAUCUCGAAAUGAAGAGCGAUUCGACACCAACGAGCUUGGCUGUGGAUUGGAUCUCGGAGAAUCUUUAUUGGACGGAAAUCGAUCCGACGGGUACGCGACCUUACGGACGUAUAAUGGUAUCAAAAUCGGACGGACGUUACAGAAGAAGUUUGAUGAGCCUCGGUCUGGAGAAUCCAACGGCUAUAGCGGUGGAUCCGCAAUUGGGUCGUUUGGUCUGGGCUGAUGCCGGAACACAGCCAAAGAUUGAAAUAUCAUGGAUGGACGGGAGCAAGAGGAAAGCGUUGGUAAUGGAGCGUUUGGGCAAACCGUCCUCAUUGGCGAUCGAUUAUUCGAUGGAUCAUACGAUUUAUUGGACCGACAGUAAAUUCAAUACGAUCGAGUCGAUCGAACACGACGGUUCCAAUCGUAAAAUCGUACUGCAGGGCGAAAAUUUGCAACAUCCGGUUUCUCUCGAUAUUUUCGAAAAUAAUAUCUACUGGAUAACUAAAUUUUCUGGUGAACUCAUCAGACAGGACAAAUUCGGACGUGGUGUGCCACAAAUUCUUAUCAAGGACAUUCUCGGUCCCGGUGGCGUUAAAGUUUAUCAUCCGAUGCGUUACAACACUACUUUGCGCGAUCCCUGUCGUAGCGAUCGUUGUACCCACUUGUGCGUUGCUAUUCCAGCCGGUUACCGAUGUCUGUGUCCCGACAGCGUCGGCGGACACAAUCCGCACACUAGCGAACGCAUCUGCGAUGCACCCGACGAAAGAGCACGACCGGCUCCCAGAAUAUGCCUCUGCCAAAACGGGGGACACUGCGAAACUAACUCGAACGGUCAAUUGUUUUGCGUAUGUCCUGAUAUCACCCACGGAGAACACUGCGAGUUUAAUUAUGAAAGCAACAAAUUUGGUGGUACGACCGCAGCCAUCGUCAUACCUAUCGUCGUUUCCAUUCUCGUUCUCCUCGCUGCUGCUGCCAUUAUUCUGGUAUUCAAGAAACGUCCCUUCGGUAAAACUGGUGGCCUCGGUGGAUUGACCGGAGCCCAGAGCGUUUCCUUCAGACAGGGUAGCAACGUCGAAUUCGGUGGUUCAACGCACGAGCGAAUGGAACCACUGGACGUCGAGUACAAUCUUGGUGAUGUUAGCGACAAGAAUCGUGACUUUAGUAAUCCGAUGUACGACGCGGUCAAUAUGGAGACUGGUACGACGAAUGGUACAAGCGGUAGUUCGAUAUACGAGGUACCAGCUGAAAUGAAACCAUCGAGCGUUCAGCACAAAGAGCCACCGCAGAUACAUUUGAAAAGACGAGAGUUGGACCCAACGCCGAUUGAUUCGGGCAAAGAUACCCAGCAUCUCGUCGAGGAGGAUAAAUCGGAAUGUUAGAAAAUAUUAUACAAAUUAACCUUCCUCCCGGCUCUUCCUUUACCCAAAACAUGCGUAGUAGGGUGUGAAGGCCGUGCAAAGAAAAAUAUGCGCGAACGGUGGAUGCAUGAAAUUCCGAAAUCGAAAAAAUCUGGGAGCAUUAACAACCACGGCGGGGGGAAGAGAAAAAAAUAUUAGAGAUUAUAUAAUAUAUUGAAUUUUUUUCUACAAAAAAAUCAUAGGGACAGUGAUAUUUUCAAUUUUUUUCAUGCACGGAGAGAAUAAGCAAAUAAAUAUCAACCCCGGUUGAAUAAUUUUCGUCCCACGAAUUGAGAGUGGACCGAGCCGCCACAUAUAUAAGAUUACAAGCUUAAAAAAUUGCAAUAAGUACGAUUCAUUAUUUUGUGUCAUUUUUCGUUUGUUUGUUUUUAUUCUUAUUUCUUUCUUCAACUUUUCUUUUCUUUUUUUUUUUAGAUACGAUUUGUAAGUCUUGUAAAUAUAAUGACUGCGAAUUUAUAUUCAUGUUAUCCGUGUACCAUAAAGACGCAACGCAUUCCAAUCUUUUGUAUCCUUAAUUUUCCUAGCCCUGACCAUGCAGUCCGCUCGGAGGCGCAGCGAUGGUGCAGUCUAUUUUUUAUUUCAUUAUCUUUAUAUUACACCGUUAAUCCCUUUAUGCGAUGUAUAAAAUUGUGAAUGUGUGCGCACGGUAAAGCUAUUUAAAACGUACGGUCGUGGUAAAAAAAACGCAUGCAUUCAUUGGUUUUUUUGUCGUGUCUUCCCCAUAUUAUUGAUUUUAUAGUACCGCAUGACCUAAACUCAUGUCAUACGGGCUAUAAUAGUACAUUACGAUACGUGUGACUUAAGCUGCCUAUUAUUGCACGGCGUGAAGUUAGCGCCCGAGCGUAUAGCGAGGGUGCUAAACACCGUGCUAUAAUAGAGCAGCUUAAUUCACGAGUAUCGUAUACUAUUUUAUAGCACCGCAUGACCUAAACCCGCAAAAAAAAGCGUGGCUAAAAUGCGGGUUUAGGUCAUGCGGUGCUAUAAAAUAGUAUACGAUACUCGUGAAUUAAGCUGCUCUAUUAUAGCACGGCGUUUAGCACCCUCGCUGUACGCUCGGGCGCUAACUUCACGCCGUGCAAUAAUAGGCAGCUUAAGUCACACUUAUCGUAAUGUACUAUUUGUAUCUACUGUUGAAUCUUCCAAUGAAAUUCAAACGAUAUUGUUGUUGUUAUUAUUAUUAUUAUUAUUAUUAUUAUUGUUGUUAUUAGUCGAUAUAAACAUUCUUUUAAUUUCCAAUGGAAAAAUGUUUGUUAGUUAUGAAUUGAGUUUUUGAAAGGAAAACUGGACCCUCGAGAAAGUGAAUGUUGCAAUUUUUUGGCCAUGACUGUGCGGAGGAUCGAGAAUAAGCUUUGUAAGAUCCACGAAAUAACCUGAGCCGAAUAAAUUCCGACCAAGAAUUUCUCGACACAUGCUUGUGUAUACGUACAUACGUGUAUAUAUAUAUAUAUUUGAAAAAUCGGCUAAAUACAGAAGAAGCAGGGCAAUGACGACGCACACGUUGACUUUUAGACUCGAUCAUGUCUCGUCGCAAACAAGAUUAUGAGAAGCCAGGCCCCGUCGCGUAUAUUAUCGCGUUUUAAAAUACUACAUCCCCGCAAGCUCCGUUGAGACUCAUUUAUGAUUAAAGUUGUUACAAAGACCGAUCAUAUAUCAUGUUAUAAAUAUAAAUAAAAUAAGAAAAACCUCUUGUAUGUAAAGGUCAUAUGGAUUGGGGAUAUAUAAGUAAUAUAUCACCGCUCGGUACCUCAUCAACGUGCUGAUUGUGUACGUUUAGGUUUUGAGUUUUUCUUCACGAUCUACGAGAUACACGAAAGGUAUACUCUCUAGCACAACGUUUUAACACAAUUUAUCAUGACUGUGAUUGCGACCGUGUAAAUCGAGCUGAUAAUCUUUUUCCAGUCAUCUUUAUUAUAACAUUUUUACGGGGAUAACCGAAUUGACACGAGGUUUUUUUGUACAAAUUAACCGUUCGUCUAUUCAAUCGACAAGUGCACCUUUUUUUAAAUAUACACGUUUAAUAAAUAGGCCCGACAACGUUUCAAUGUUAAUGAACAUUAAAGCGUUGUUGCAUCUAUCCGAACGAGAGGGGGUAAUUUAAAAAAAAAGUGAUGCGAAACGUUCACGGGCUUCAAUAAGGAUUGACGUAUAAUUUUAUCCAUCAACAUGUAAAAUGGUAAUUCAUUCGAUUACGCGAAAUAGAUAGCGAAUAUAUUAGUACAGAAAUAUAUUUCGUUGCAAUUGACUACGAACCGGGCAGGGCUCUGGUGUGUCCUAAUAUUCGCUAUACGUAUUAGUAUACGAUAUUCUGUGUAUUUUUCUAUCAUGUUGACAUAACGAGCAAUAAUAAUGAUAAUACUUGUUAAUAUAUUGUGCAAAUAUCAAACUGAUGCCGUCCGUAAAUAAAAUUUAAGCCUAUUAACCUGA